UUUGGCUUAUAGGUAGCACUUGGCCCACGUUUAUUCGCUGCUACGACUUUGCAAACUAUCCCAUUUCUACUUUCUGAAUCCUCGCUGUGUAAGUGGGAAGUCCUGGAGUAAAAAGGAUGAAGAUUUUUCAUGUCCCUUGCUUGGAGGAUAACUUUGCCUAUCUGAUUAUCGAUGAGAACACUCAAGAAGCGGCAGUGGUAGAUCCCGUCGAGCCGGAUAAGAUUUUUGAAGCUGCUAAUCAGCACCAAGUCCAUCUCAAGUUUGUUCUCACCACUCAUCAUCACUGGGAUCAUGCAGGGGGGAAUGAGAAGAUGAAGCAGCUGGUGCCUGGGCUUCAGGUUUAUGGUGGUUCCUUUGACAACGUGAAGGGUUGUACCCAUCAAUUGGAUAACGGUGAUAAAUUGCAACUUGGGUCUCACGUUAAUAUUUUGGCCCUUCACACUCCUUGUCACACCAAAGGACACAUCAGUUAUUAUGUGACGGGCAAGGAUGGAGAGGAUCCAGCAGUUUUCACUGGUGACACUCUAUUUAUUGCUGGUUGUGGGAAAUUUUUUGAAGGCACAGCAGAACAGAUGUAUCAAUCGCUGUGUCAAACAUUGGGUUCAUUGCCAAAGCCUACUCAAGUCUAUUGUGGUCAUGAGUAUACAGUCAAGAACUUGCAUUUUGCUCUGACAGUUGAACCAGACAAUGUAAAGACACAGCACAAACUGUCAUGGGCUCAGCAACAGCGGGAAGCAGGGCUUCCCACCAUCCCAUCUACUAUUGAGGACGAGUGGGAGACAAAUCCAUUCAUGCGUGUGGAUCUUCCGGAUCUUCAGGCAAGGGUAGGUUGCAAGUCUCCUGUAGAAACUAUUCAGAAGAUGAGGCAGUUGAAGGACAACUGGAGAGGAUAGAUUGAUAUACUUCAUUUUCUUUUUUUUCACUGAAUGCCUGCAGAAAUAAAGAUUGUAGCUGCAUAAAGUUUAGGUUAUGGCAAAUAUGUUGCUUGGAUUACAGUCUUAAAUGAAUGUAUUCUGCCGGUACUGCUUCAAUAGGACACCGUGGCUACCUGCAGUUUCUUUCAUGUUCUUCACAUGAAAUCACUUGAAUAAUUUUCUCGCA